UUGACAGCUGGUUGUCAAUCCGUGGGUAACGUAGUUCAAACGACUUUGGCGAUAAUUUUUUAAUUUAGCAUUUUAUUUUUUAUUUUUAAUUUUAUGAUUAGUAGAAGCAGCAGUUUUUUAAAUCUACCAUUUAUAUUUGUUUUUUAAGUCUUAACAGUUUUGUUUGAAAAUGCGUUCCUUACUGGUAACAUUAACUAAAAAUAUUGCUCGAGUUGGUGCUCGCCAUAAUAGCUCUGCAGCUGGUUUAACUAUUCUCGAUAUCAAUGAUAAGAAUGGAAUAGCAACACUAACUCUCAAUCGCCCACCAGUUAAUGGCCUUAAUUUAGAUUUAUUAACAGCAAUAAAUGAUUCAUUAAGUAACGUUGAAGAUAACAGGUGCAAAGGAAUGAUUUUAACUUCUUCUAGUAAAACGGUUUUUUCUGCUGGUCUUGAUAUUAUGGAAAUGUAUAAACCGGAUCAAGAGAGGCUGAAAAAAUUCUGGAGCACAUUACAAGAAGUUUGGCUAAAAUUAUAUGGUUCAGGAUUUCCCACAGCAGUUGCUAUUAAUGGUCAUGCUCCAGCUGGUGGAUGUUUGUUAUCACUUUGUUGUGAAUAUCGCGUUAUGUUGCCAAAUUUUACAAUUGGUCUAAAUGAAACACAAUUAGGGAUUGUUGCACCAAAAUGGUUUAUGGCAUCAAUGAAAAAUGUUUUGCCUAGUCGAAUUGCUGAAAUGGCAUUAACACAAGGUAAAAUGUUUACUACUGAUGAAGCCUUAAAUAUUGGUUUAGUUGAUGAUGUUGUUAAUAAUAAAGAAGAAGCGAUAGCAAAGUGUGAAGAAUUUAUUGGAAGAUUUAAAAAAAUUAAUCCUGUUGCAAGAGCAUUAACAAAACAAGCAUUUAGAAGUAAAGAUCUAACAGAACUUGAAGAUACAAAAGAACAAGAUUUGCAAACAUUUUUAUUCUUUGUUAAUCAGCCAAAGGUUCAAAAAGGUUUAGAGAUUUAUAUGGAAAGCUUGAAAAAGAAAGGAAAAUAACUUCGUUUUUUUCAUUUAAAAAAAAAAUAUAAUAAAAUUUUUCAAAUAAGUGCACAAUGUACAUAUACCUUAACAAAAAAAUACUGAAAGAAACUUUUAUGUUUUACACAUAGAGUUUCGAAUUUAUAUAUUAUGCAUUUAUAUUGAUUGAAAUUAGAAUGUAAGUGCAAAAGUAGUUUUGAAUAUUUUCGUACUGAAUACUAUUUAAAAAAAUCAUUUUAUAAUUUCAAAGUACAUAUGUAAUAAAAUACUAUACAAUUUUUUUUAUACAAGUA